CGAAAGCAUUUUUUUAAUACCUAAGUAGGUUAAUUGUUUUUUUAAGUACCUAGCCAAAUAUUCUUAAAAUAGAAAGAAAUAUUCGGAAUCUCUGGCAAUGGCUCGCAAUUAGUAACAACACACGAAUAAAAACUGUUUAUUUUAUGUUAUGUGCUGCUAGUGCAUGUUUAAAGUGUAUUCAGAGAUAAAGAAGGUUGAGUGUAUUGUUUAAAAAUUCGUUAAUAAUUAUUAUAUAAUUAUAAUAAUUGCAAUUGUGUGUAAUGGUUAACAUUCCGAGUGUGGGAAUCCCCUUGGCCCUUGGGGUUGGUGUUGUGGUUGUUUCGGCCGUUAUUUACCAUUUAUACUUCUCAAAGCCAUCAAAAUCGUCAAAAGGUAAAGGCAAUAAAGUAUUAUUGGAAGACGCACAGGCAAAAUAUAAGCUUCCUUUAAUAGAAAAAGAGGAAAUUAGUCAUGAUACAAGACGUUUUAGAUUUGCUUUACCAUCUAAAGAACAUGUUUUAGGGCUUCCGAUUGGCCAACACAUUCAUUUGUCUGCCAGAAUUGAUGAUGACUUGAUUAUUAGGUCUUACACACCUGUUUCUUCUGAUGAUGAUCUAGGAUAUGUUGAUUUAGUCAUUAAGGUAUAUUUUAAAAAUGUGCACCCCAAAUUCCCUGAUGGGGGAAAAAUGACACAGCACCUUGAAAGUCUUAAAAUAGGGGAUACAAUUGAUAUACGAGGACCUUCAGGUAGACUUCAGUACAUGGGACAUGGUCAAUUCUCCAUUAAAAAAAUGAGGAAGGACCCCCCAACUAACUUGAAGGUUAAAAAAGUCAGUAUGAUUGCUGGUGGGGUAGGAAUUACCCCAUUAUUGCAGUUAAUCAGGCAUAUCUUGAAAGAUAGCAGUGAUAAAACUGAGUUGAAAUUGAUUUUUGCAAAUCAAACAGAGAAAGAUAUUUUGGUUCGUAAGGAGCUUGAAGAGGUACAAGCACAGCACCCUGAGCAGUUUAAAUUGUGGUAUACCCUUGAUGUGUCUACUGAUGGUUGGGAAUAUGCUACAGGUUUUAUUAAUGAGAAAAUGUUGAAAGAACAUUUAUUUCCUCCAAGUGAAGAUAACAUUAUUUUGAUGUGUGGCCCCCCUCCAAUGAUCAACUUUGCCUGUCUCCCCAAUUUGGAGAAAUUGGGUCAUUCAAAGGAUUUAUGUUUUGCUUAUUAAGUGCAAAUAUAUUUAUUUAUUUUGACGUAAAAAUAGCAUUUACAAUAAAAUUUGCAUUGAUAUGGCUAUUUUCCAUUUAACUUAAUAUUCCAUAUUUAAUUUUAGGGUAUGUUACUUUUCCUUGUAGUUGUUAUGUAGAUAUUUAUACGGUUUUUAAUGAAUGUUACAACUCCUCUUCAACAAUAUUGUUUUAAUAAAAAAUCAUCAC